AUGGCAACUGAUCUUGAAACCGAGUGGCAGCUCUUUAAGAGCGGCAUACUCGAGGCUGCCGCCGAAUGCUGCGGAUUUAAAGGAGAUCGCCCGCCGUCUGGAAGUCAGAGAAGAUCUUCAUGGUGGAUACGAGAAGUGCAACUAGCAGUUAAAGAGAAGAAGGCGGUGUUCAAGAAAUGGAUUGUAAACAAAGAACCUUCAACUCGCGUGCGAUAUGUAAAGGCAAGCAAGGCAGGAGUGAAAGUAGUGGCGAAAGCCAAAGCUCAUUCCUCGGAGAAGUUCGGUGAGAUGCUGGAGUCCAAUUUCACACGACAAACAAAGUAUUCUGGCAGACUUUCCGCUGCCUCUGAGGAAAAAAAAGGGGUAGUGUCAGAGUCUUGA